GUAAUAGGCACAAUGAUUUGGUGUAAUGUAACCUCUAAUGCAUUCAUUACGAACAAGGGCAUUGAUAGAUUGAAAUAUAAUGCUAUCUAGAAAACGGACCAUCAAUUUCAAAUUAAAUCUAUAAAAAAUGAAUAUGUUCACAUAUUGCGUACGGAAAGCAACAUAUGUUUUCUGCCAAAGUUGUAUUUUAAAGCAAAAUACUUAUUUUGGCGUGCUGGCAUGUCAAAGGACUACAAAUCAACAGGCAUUUCAUACGUCUUCCCUGAGUCACAAACUCAAUGAAUUCUUUUCUGGCGACAUCAUGGAUGGGGCCAAAGUGGAAGCAGGGCGCCCAUGGAAAACAGAUGAAUUGAGAUUAAAAAGCAAUGAGGACCUACACAAACUAUGGUAUGUGCUGCUGAAGGAGAGGAACAUGCUCCUCACCCUGGAGGAGAUGUACCUGAAACAGAAGGGAGCCAUGGCCAGCCCAGAGAGAAUUGAAAAGGUUGAGGAAAGCAUGGAGAACGUGAUGUCAGUGGUGAGAGAACGAGAUGAGGCAUACAAAGUUUUGGAACAUGGCGAGUCACUGGCACAUCCUGGCAGGGUUGUUAGAAACGCUGUUGGCCUUCCAUACUACAAGAAUCCCUCGCAGCACUAUAAGCCUAGGGAGUCCAGUACUCACUAUAAGCGUCUUCACCUGAAUUACAAUCGAUGGAUGGACAAGCACCUGGUGCGCUAUGAGGAGGUGCUGCGGCGGCGCCACAAGCAGCAUGUGCGCCUGGUGGAGGAGGAGAAGCAGCGCCUGGAGAGCCUGUACGGGCUGGAGGGAGAGGACCUGGAGGCCUACGUGAGGGACCGCAUGGAUCAGGGGGGCAACAAGCUGCAGCAGUACCUCAACAUGACUGCAGAACUCAAUGACCAUGCCAAGUGAACACAACCCUAUAUGACCACGCCAAGUGAACACUGAUUUUAUUUAGGAAAAUGAUGGCUUCAAAUACACAACUAUGCUAUUAAAUUUUGGUGACGCAUACAUAGCCUGUGUUCAAACAUGACAUUUGAAUCUUUGUUUGUAAUACAACUUGUUUUCUUGAAUUUAUUUUGAGCCCAAUAAAGCAUUAUCUGUGUUUUGCUUGCCAAUCUUAUUUUGUGUGUGUUGUAUUAACGACUGUAACAAACAUGUAAGCAUCUAUAAAGUUAAAUACACGUUCAUUAGUAUUGUCUUCAAUUACAAUACCCCAUGUAGUGCACAUAAACUUGUAUUCUUGCUUUCAUCUUUGGUUUUCUGCUGAGGGCAACCUGCUCAUGGUUAACUUUUGUGAUCUUCUUUCAUGGAUUGUCAACAUUUUUUUAUGUAAAUAAAGACUAUAGAAGCUGUU